UUUUUUUUUCGAAAUUUUUUUUUUUUUUUUUUUUCAAAAAAAAUAAUUUUAUUUAAAAUAUUCAUUCUUUAUUCAUCAUGCCUUUAAGAUCACGUUCAUUUUCAAUAGCAAGACCAGCUCCAUUAAUUCAGAGAAGUCGUAGUAGAUGUACUAUAAACACUCUUUCUAAUCAUCAUUAUAAUAAUCUUCCAGAACCACCUUCUCCUGACUCAAAAUUCACUGCUGAACUUAAAAGUUCAACGAAAAUACCUCAUUUACCAACUUGUAAAUGUGUUGCAUGUAAAGAGCAAUUGGAGUCUCGAUUGGCUCAUGAUGCUAUAGUUGAAGAAGUAGCAAAGAAAUUAAAAAGUCCUGCUUUUGAAGCUUUUUUAAAUCAACGUGUUUCUUUAACCACCGAUCAAUUAGAUAGAAUUGAGUUGGCUAAAUUACAUGCGAAUGUUGAUAAAUUACCACAAAGAUAUCCUGCUCAGGAUGGUUAUUUAAGAAAAGAUAUUCAUAAAAUGUAUUUUAAUACAUUGGCCGAAAAUCUUUCACGUCUUGAGGAUCCAAUAUUAUACGAACGUCAAAGGUUCGUUUUAUCUAAUGAAAAAGAGGAAGCAAUGUAUACUCAACGUAUGUUUAAACGUGUGAGUAAAGCGUUAAAACAUCGUUUUGUCUCUCAAGAUGCUGAAUUUUUACCACCUGAAGAACGUAAAUUACAAAAAUUUCGUGAAGUUGAAGGAAAAUUAAAUAGAUUGGUUGAUACUUUCCCUCAAUUUGAUAAUCAACGUGUUGAAAUGAGUCCUAAUAAACGUAAAUUAACGAUAUAAAAUGUUAUCAUUUACGGACACUUUUUAUUAUUAUAAAUAAUAUAAUAGUAAAUUAUGUAUUUUUUUUUCAUGAUUUGUAAAA